GCAGCAUAUUAGAAUUCAUCAUUCAACAACAUCAUCAUCAUCAUCAACAACAACAACAGCAACAGCAGCAGCAGUAGCAAAAUAAUAACGAAAGUCGAAUUCGAGGAUCUCUUCUUGGAAUCGAAAUUGAUUUAGAACAUCAAAAAUCAUUAUAAAACAUCAAUAUAAAUUUUAAUAUUCAAUUUGUGUAAAUCAAGAAUCACAGAAACCGAAAAAAAAAUGGCAAACAAAGAAGAAAAAUAUUGUGACAAACAAUCCGGAUGGCAAAAAUUCUGUAAAUUUGUAUGGAAUUCAGAAACUGGUCAAUUUUUGGGCCGUACUGGUGGUAGUUGGUUCAAAAUCACCGUUUUCUACAUCAUUUUCUACUUAUGUUUGGCUGCUUUCUGGGCAUUAAUGUUGUUGAUAUUUUACCAAACUAUCGAUUAUCGAUCACCAAAAUAUCAAUUAGCAGAGAGUAGAAUCGGAGCCAAUCCAGGACUCGGUUUUCGACCAAGGCCAAAAGAUGAGAACAUUGACAGUACAUUGAUUUGGUUUAAAAAUGGCAACAACGAAGAAAACUGGAAAUAUUGGUCAGAGAGUCUACAAGAAUUCUUAGAACCAUACAAAAAAUCAACUAUCGAUGCUGGUGCUCAUGUUGAAAAUUGUGGCGAUAACCAAAUGGCUAGUGAAGGCAAAUUCUGCCAUUUUGAUGUCAAUGCUAUUCCAAGUCAAUGCUCGGUAGAAAAUCAUUUUGGUUAUCAACGAGGAGAUCCUUGUGUUUUGAUCAAAUUGAACAAGAUUUUCAGCUGGAAACCCGAAGGAUUUACGGAUGAAGAAUUGAGAGAUACACACAUUCCUGAUGUCGUACGAAAAAGCUAUCCAACUCGUCUCAAUAACGCCAGUCAAUUGAUCUAUAUCACUUGUGAAGGCGAAAAUGCUGCCGAUAAAGAAAAUGUUGGUGAAAUUGAAUAUUAUCCACAACAGGGAAUUGAAUUCAAAUAUUAUCCAUUCACUAAUCAACCUGGUUAUCUAUCACCAUUUGUUUUUGUUCAUUUCAAAAAACCACAACCCGGUGUAUUGAUCAAUAUUGAAUGUAAAGCAUGGGCACGUAAUAUUAAACAUAAUCGUAUGGAUCGUGAAGGAAGUGUUCACUUUGAAUUAUUAGUCGAUGGAUUCUAAAUUAUUUGAAAAAAAAGAAUAACAAAAUUCUAAACUCACAUACAACAAUAAUAACAACAAUAUAUAAACAAUUCAUAUUGAUGGCACUUUUGUUUCACACAACUUUGCUCUCUUUUUCUUUCACUCUAUAAUAUAUAUCCUUUCUGUUCUGUUGUUCAAUUCUUACUAUAUACUUUAUAAAGUUCGCUAAUUAUUA